AUGCGUUCUGAAGAGAUGGUGACAUUUGUGCGGUAUUGCACCGCAAGUGAUAUGCGCAUCGAGCUCUGCUAUCAAUGUUUUGGUGAUCCACUUAAACAGAUGCCGGUUGUGCUUCUCAUUGGUGGGCUUAACAUGCAAAUAUAUGCCUGGGAUGAGGCGUUCUGUGAAAAACUAGUCAAGUGUGGUUUUUUUGUAGUGCGCUUUGAUAACCGUGACAUUGGACUUUCCACAAAAGUAGAGAAACGCGGUAGUGUCAUACCAGCUCGUCUGUUGCUGCCAAAAGCUCUUGCCUUUGGGGAACGUCUUCCCUACACGAUUAAGGACAUGGCACGUGAUGCUCUGGGGCUAUUGGAUGCGCUUGGCAUUCCAUCUGCCCACGUUAUGGGCAUCAGUAUGGGUGGCAUGAUUGCACAGACGAUGGCGCUUCUUUCUCCGCACCGUGUCCUUAGCCUCACAAGCAUCAUGUCAACAACAAAUGCCCCUGACCUUCCAGAUCCUCAGCUGUGGGUUAAAAUGUGGCUUCUACGGAAACCACCUGUGAAUUGCACGCUUGAUGAACUUAUAAACUUCCGUCUUGAAUCAAUAAAAAAGCUACUGAGGGGCACUUUGCCGGUUGACGAGGAACACUUAAAGCGGGGGUAUUUAAAAUCACUGCAGAGAAGUUCCUACUCGGCGGGCCUCAUUCGACAGGCUGCGGCGAUUCGUAGAUGCCCCGGACGUGACGAGGACCUUCGUUCUCUCUCGUGUCCGACUCUAGUGAUCCACGGCCAGCAGGAUGUGCUGAUGCCACCUGCCCACGGCCAUCGCACGGCGUCUGUGAUACCGCGUGCCAAGUUGGUAAUUCUGGAAAGCAUGGGGCAUUACUUUCAUCCCGCCUUUUUUACCCCAAUUAUUUCCCAUUUUGUGGAGGUUGCAAAUGCAUGUGAAGAAAAUGGUAAGUACGGGAGACCUAUUGGGCUUAAUAUUCCGUAUUGUAUAUCCUCCUUUCCUGGCGUAUCUGUGGAGGAGAAGUUUUCCUCUUGCACGGAGGAGCGGCAUUCGGGUCGUGCUGAAGCGUCACUUUCUGUGCAUCCACCAGACAAGGUCACAAAAACGGAAAUGCCGUUGAAUGGACAGACAGCGAUAUGUGCUUGCAGUAAUACUACCGGAGAGAGUGCAGAUGUCAGCUUUGUGGCGUGCAGGUGCGCUUCGGAAAUUUCUGUUGAAGAUGUUCGACAAAACAUAUUGGAGGAGCAAUUAGCAGAAGUUUCACUGGUGAAUACCCCAGAGACUAGUAUAAGCCAAGAGUGA